AUGGAUCAAUCGACUACUGAUCAUUCUCAAAUUCGACCUUCUCCAAAGGUUAAUUACAUUCCUCCUUCAUUACCUCCAGUUUCUACACUAAAUCAACAACAACAACCUCAACAACAAACAUUCAUAACACCAGAACAACCAUCAAAUGUUCAAUAUCCUCCAACAGUUUACAAUUCAUCAGAUGGUGAUGUAUCAACAGCAAAUUUUAAUGCUCAACAACAGCAACAAAUGGCAGCUAUGAUGCAAAUGCAUCAGCCAUGGGCUGCUGGUGGUGGGUAUCCUUCACCUUAUAUGAUGCCAUAUCCAGCACCGAUGAUGAUGAUGCCAUCACAAGCUGGUUCAGAUCGACCAGGAUCACGUCAAUCAUCUCGUCCACCAUCUCGACAAAAUGCUACAGCUCCAGUAUCAUCAUCAAGAUCAUUAGUAAAUGGACAAACAGGUGGUCAAACACCAGCAAUAUCUGGACAAGGAAUGUUACCAAUGCAAGGAUAUCCUGGAUAUAUGCCACCUGGAAUGUAUAAUCCAUGGUUUGAUCCAUAUUGGCAAUCGUUGUAUGCUAGUUAUCAAAAUCCAUAUAAUUUUGGAUAUUCAGAUGAAAUGAUGAAAUAUUGGAAACAAAUGUCACAAACAGAUGAUGAUAAAUACAGUCAUCAUUCAGCUGCACAUUCACAAUCGAAACAAUCACAGCAUAGUUCAUCAAUGCAUACAUGGGGUUCAGUUGAUUCGCUUAAUGAUCCAUAUUAUCAAACUCAGAAUGCUUAUAUUAAUGGAUAUUAUCCACCUAAUAAACCACCAGUUUCAAAUCAAUCUAAACGACAAACAAAGACAACUACAGAUCCAAAUGCACUUUUAACUACUGCACCUAUUUCAAAUCAACAAAUAACAUCAGUUGAAUCCAAAACAAAAACAAUAUCCGCACGAGAAAAUGAUGAAAAUGAAGAAGAAGAGGAUGAUGAAGACGAAGAUGAAGAAGAUGAGGAUGAAAAUGAAGAUUCUGAUGAUACAAGUAGUGAUCGUUUUAGUAUAAAAUCCGAUCUAGCACAAGUUGAUGAAGAAUUUUCAAAAGCGCGACGAACACCACUUUUAUAUAUUCGACCACAUUUACGAGCUAAAUUUGUUUUUGAUCAACUUAUUCAAGUUUUACCACAAUCACCCAGUGAUACAAAUCAACCAGCAACGGUAGAAAUUAUUUCUGCAAAUAGUUUACAUUCAAUGGCACCAUCAUUAGUCGAAGAACGACAAUUAAUGUCUGAUUUUAUUGGUCCUUUAACUGCAUCAACAGCUAAAUCAAAUGUUAUUCGAUAUUGUGAACGUCAAUCACAAUUAGCUAAUAAAUCAAUUCAUAUUAUUGAUCGUGAUGCUUUAUCAAUAAUUUGGCAAUAUAUGGCAUUACUUAUUAAAAAUAAUGGCGUUAUUGAUGUUCGUGUUGACAUUCCAAAAAUUCUCUGGUCAUCAAGUAAUACACCUAUUAUUGAAGAACUAUCAUCAAAUAGUAAUAAUACAUCAUUAUCAUCAACAACAUUAGAAAAUUCAUUAAGAGAAUUUCUUGCACUUGGUGAAAUUGAUACAAGUAUUAAAUUUGCUUGUGAAAAUCAAUUCUAUACUCAUGCACUUAUUAUUUCAUAUUUAACGGAUAAACAAUUAUUUGAAAAAACAAUACACAAUAUUAUAGCAAAUCUUGAUAAUGGUGAUGUAUUGAAAACAUUUUAUGAAUUAGGAGCUGGUUCAACACCCUCUGUCGUUUCAAAUGUUACCAAAGCACAUUAUGGUGAUUGGAAACGUCAUUUAGCAGUUAUGUUAGCUAAUCGUACGGAUACAAAUGCAGAAUUUGUUGAUCUUUGUAUUAAAACAAUGGGCGAUACAUUCAUAACAUCUGGUCGUAUAUAUGCUGGUCAUUUUUGUUAUUUAAUUGCUAAUGUUCCAUUUGGUUCAUAUCGAAAUAAUGCCGAUAAAUUAGCUGUUAUUGGAAGUAUUCAUGCUGGUCAAUCUAAUCUAUCAUUUGCAACAAUUACAAAUUUACAAUUAACUGAAGUUUAUGAAUAUUCAUUAAGAAAAUGUUUAACAACAUUUAUUCCAUUAAAAAUUUAUUAUACAUCAAAAUUAGUUCUACAUGGUUUGAAAAGAGAAGCAUUAGCUUAUUGUGAAGAAAUUGGACAAACACUUAUUCGACAAGGAAAUACUUCAUAUGUUCAAUUAGUUGAUUUACAACUAUUUAUACUUAUUGCAGAAAAAUCUCGAGCAUUUAGUCGAAAUUUUCAACUUGAUCCGACAUCAUAUAAAGAACCAACAUGGUUGAUUGAAUUAAAAAGUAUUAUUCAAAAUUUAAUUGAAAAUGCAUUUUUAAAUAAAACAGUACGUGAUGAUUCAUUUAAUUCAUCAUCUAUACAACCAAUAAAUCGAGAAGAGAAUACAUUACAACAACAACAACAACAACAACAACAACAACAAACAAAUCUUGCGACUUAUAAAAAAAUAUCAAAUAUCAGGCGAAAAACUGAACCAAUAAAAACUACUGUACCUUUAGCAUCUGUAACUUAUCCACCUGUAACAAAUACAAAUAGUUCAAAUGGUUAUGAUCUAUCAAAUCAAGUUACAACUGAACAAAUACCUUAUUCUCAACCAGCGCCAACGAAUUAUCAAAAUACUCUUUCAGGUAAAUAA